CCCUCUACAGAAAAUACUUAAACUUCGGCCAAAGGGAUUGGUGAUGAUAAUACACCCACACCCACCUCAAAAAGUCUCAAACUACUACAAUUUCUUCCAUUCUUUUACCUUAGGUUUCUCAACCAUGGCUGAUCUCCGAUGUGAUGUCCCUGAAAACUAUGGCUAUUCAUCAGAUUCCAGCAUCCGGGCUCGAAGAACAGCUCAGAACUAUGAGAAUUAUCGGUAUUUAGAUGGUGGUGGGAUUGAAUUUAGAGCAAGAUCAGAAGGAGAUCAUGAAUCAGGACCUCCAUCACCAACACUGUGGAAGACAAGCCCAGCUAGAAUUACUGAAUCAGAGGCUUCACUUCUUCACCCCAGCUCCCUUUCUCCAGUAUCUCGGAGGCAUGCGAUUGCCAAAAGCCGAAGAGAGCUCAUGGAGAUGAUUCGAAACAUGCCUGAAACUUCCUAUGAGCUCUCCUUGCAGGACCUUGUGGAGCAACCACAUGUGCGGGAUAGUAGAGAUAUGAACAGUAAUGAUUCAAAGACUUCGAGAGAGAAAGCAAAGAGGAAAAAGAACCAGGAAAGAAAUAAGGGUCGGAUGCGAAGAAGUGUAAGUAUGGAAAAUGAACCUGUCCUGCUUAAGAUGUUCUUCCCACUUUCUCUGGGGUCGAUGAAGAAGAGCUUUUCAAUGGAUACAGGUUCCAAAAUCUCACAAAAAUCUCCAUCUUUGGAUGCACAAGAGAAAGGUGUUGAUAAGGAGUGGUGGAAGAGAAGGUAUUCAGUUGCAGGGGACAGUGAUAGUGGGGUAGCAAGCAGCAAUAACAGUGGAAGUACUGGAAGCAGUGGAAGCAGUAGUAUUGGAAGUAGAAGUAGCAGCAGCAGCAAAGGAAGAAGGGCUUCUCUGUGUUGCAGGCGAAUUGGUGGCUUAAUUGAUUGCUGGUCCUGCUUCCAAACCAUGGAAAAUACCUUAUGAAAGAAGGGCUCCCUUUUUUGAAUGGGGACACCAUAUAUAAGUAUUUUUGUAAUUAUCUAUCUAAUAGGACUUAAAAUAGCAGAACAGAGGUCCUUACUUUCCACAGAAUUUCAGUGAGAGCAUUGGUUUCACCAUUACAGAUGAUCUUAAUUUGAAUAGUGAGUUAUGGGUUAGCCUGCAGUCUCAAGAAUAUGGAGAGACAUAACUGGGAAGGAUAAAGCCUGAGAUUGCUUUAGAACAAUUAAUAGUGCUUUUUGUUCAAUUUAAAUUCCAACCAUAUCAACACAUUGCAGGUGCUAUUCCUGCAAGAAGCCAAGACUCAAGAAUUACCAGGAGAGAUGAACUUCAAAAAGCAAAUAUGAGCAAGAAGGCUCUUUUCACAUUUUUUAUUUUCUUCCCGGCAAUAACAUCUUUUCACGUUUUGGUUUUA